AUGGGCAACCCUGCGUGUCAGGAGAUUGCUCUUUCACUCUCAGCUCAAUCGUUUCUACGCGAAAAAUCCAAUUUUCGCAGAUAUCGUACGGUCUGUAAAAGCGGUGAUCUUCGAGUGCCACAUAGCUACCGUAUUCGUGUCGAAUGUGAAAAGCAACUUUAUGAUGGCUUUGCCUCAUUAAACUGCACUCAACAAAAUUACAUUCAAAAUGCCUGGAACUCAACACUUGACCUUUGUUUCAGUGACAUUGACUCUUCUCCGGAACACGCAGUUGCUCUUGUCCCGGAAAAUAAGUACCAUCCUGCUAUCGACAUCUUGCUAAAUUUUCUGCCGGGGUUGACACCAGAUAAUUCCUCAUCAUACGUAUUUAAAAAGGCUAACUACGCAGCCCUUAAUACCUUUCUCUUAAGAACGAACUGGAUUGACCUCUACAAACUCGAGACUAUUGACAUACACGUACACAAGCCAAGUAACUAUCCAUGUUGGUUCUCACAUGAUCUCAUUCACAAAGUCAAACAGAAGAAAUCUGCACACCUGAUAUAUAAAAUUCGGAAAACUAAGCCAAAUUAUUUACGAUUCAGCAGGUUAAGAUUGGAAUGCAAAAAGUUAAGUAUCGAUUGCUACAAAAGUUAUGUCGACAAGGUAGAGGACAAACUGCAAUCGGAGAUCAAAGCAUUCUGGAAUUUUAUCAAGGACAAAAACCGUUGCACCGGUGACAUACCAUCUUCCGUAGCCUGGAAUGACCGCUCAGAAGAUACGGGACCAGGUAUCAGUAACCUCUUUGCGUCUUUCUUCCACAGCAUCUACGCGCCAUCGAAUAGCAACGACCCAGGUAUUGCAACCUUCAAUCCUGGUACACAGCGCACACACUUGGAUGCCCUGACAGUGACCUACGAUGCAGUACUCAAAGAACUCCUUGCUCUCGACCCCAGCAAAGGUCCAGGCCCCGAUGGUUUACCUAACAUAUUCAUCAAAAACUGUGCGGUAGGCCUAUGUGAGCCUUUGACACAUAUAUUUGGCGAAUCUCUUCACCAUGGUACUUUCCCGACCUACUGGAAACUGUCAUACAUCUCACCGAUUCAUAAAGAGGGGCCCAAGACCUUGGUUACCAACUACCGUCCUAUCUGCAUACAGUCUGCACUUGCAAAACUAUUUGAGAGGUUAGUGCUUCCACAGAUAAGUCAGGCAUUUUAAAACAUCAUAACAA